AACACCAACCAAUAAUUUCUUCCCCCUUUCAUCCUCUCUCUCUCUAAACCUCCAAAUCUUGCAAGAAUUUCAGCUUCUUUUUGCUUCUAUUCUUCUUAAUCUUCUUCUUUUUGUCUAAAAGCAAUCAAAUUUAUCUGUUUUGAUUCAUACCCAUGAAUUUUUUUGGGUAAUUAAGUGUUCAUUUCAAGAAAUUAAUGAAUCUUUUUUGAAGUGUUCCUACUUCUCUCUCCAAAACUCCAAAUCUUGCAAGAAAUUCAUCUUGAUUUUCAUCUUUUUGUCUAAAAGCAAUCAAAUUUAUCUAUUUUGAUUCAUACCCAUGAGUCUUUUUGGGUAAUUAAGUCUUUAUUUCAACAAAUCAAUGAAUCUUGGUGGUGGUCAAGUGGUCAACAAGCAACCCAUGAUGCCCAGUUCUAGUGGCGGUUCUUGGAAGUCCUCCGCCGCCGCCGGCGGCGGUGACAGCGGCGUCUCCGAUCAGUUUCCGGCAGGUCUCAGAGUGCUGGUUGUUGAUGAUGACUCAACUUGUCUCAUGAUCUUGGAGAAGAUGCUUAGACACUGCAAAUAUGAAGUGACUAAAUGUAACAGAGCUGAGGUUGCUUUAUCCUAUCUAAGGGAAAAUAAGAAUGGAUUUGAUGUUGUUAUAAGUGAUGUUCAUAUGCCUGAUAUGGAUGGAUUCAAAUUGCUUGAACACAUUGGGCUUGAAAUGGAUCUUCCUGUUAUUAUGAUGUCUGCUGACGACAGCAAGAGUGUAGUUAUGAAAGGCGUUACACACGGGGCGUGCGAUUAUUUGAUAAAGCCUGUUCGGAUUGAAGCGUUACGCAACAUAUGGCAACACGUGGUUCGAAAACGUAAACACGAGUGGAAAGAUUUCGACCAGUCAGCAAGCGCUGAUGAGCAGAAACAGCCUGAAGAACCUGAUUACUCGUCGUCUGCAAAUGAAGGGCAUAAUUGGAAAAACACGAAAAGGAGGAAAGACGAGGACGAUGAAGCAGACGAACGGGACGAGUCUUCUUCCUUAAAGAAGCCUCGGGUUGUUUGGUCGGUUGAACUCCAUCAACAGUUUGUAGCAGCCGUUAAUCAACUUGGAAUCGAUAAGGCCGUCCCGAAGAAAAUCUUGGAGUUAAUGAAUGUUCCCGGGCUAACUCGAGAAAAUGUUGCCAGCCAUCUUCAAAAAUACCGUCUUUAUCUUAGAAGACUCAGCGGGUCGCAACAUCCAGGAGGGAUGAACACGGGCUUUAUGGGCGGGCCCGAUCCGGGCUUUGGUUCAAUGUCGUCGCUUAACGGGCUUGAUCUUCAAGCGCUAGCAGCCAGUGGUCAACUCGGUCAACUUCCUCCACAAAGUCUUGCAACUCUUCAGGCUGCGGCUCUGGGCCGGUCAACUAACUUGAAGUCUACUAUCUCGGUGCCGGUUAUUGAUCAACGAAACAUUUUCAGCUUCGAAAACCCGAAAUCACGGUACCCAGAAGUCCAAAGUCAACAUUUGACUAAUAAUAAUAGUAGCAAACAAAUAAACUUACUUCCAGGAAUACCUACGAACAUGGAACCGAAGCAAUUUGUGAGUAUGCAUCAAUCGGGCCAGCAUUCGUUAGGAAACAUGAACAAUCUCGUUCUGAUGCAGAUGGGUGGUCAAAGUCAAAGUCAAAGUCAAAGCCAAAGCCAAGCUCAGUUGAAUACAAAUGUUCAUAAUGGCUUGAGGCAGCCCGUUAUGUCCAACGAGAUGUUGACACGUGGCGGAGUGGUUGACAUGGCACCGACGGUUUACAAUCCCGUCGUAUCGGUAUCACAAGCCUCGUCUCUCGUUAAUUUCUCGAUGGGUCACAAAACUGAUUCUUCCGGAAGUAGUUAUUCUCUCGGGGGUAAUUUGGGAAUUCCAAAUCUUCCGAAUACGUCAUCAGCCCUCCAAGGUGACAGGAACCUAGAUACGAAGGUCUCGAGAAAAGGGACCGUUCCAAGUUACGAUAUUUUUAACGAUUUGAAUCAGAAUCGCGAUUGGGGUUUACCAGAUGUCGGUUUGACCUUUGACCAGAAUCAACAUACAAUCCAAACAGGAUUGGAUGCCUCAAAUCCGUUGUUACUUCAACAUAACCGUAGUUCGGGCCGAGAUAUGGGAGGGCAGAAUCGUAAUAUAACUAGUGGUAAGGUGAUGUUGUCUCAAGGGUUUGAAACUAGAACUCACCAUAACGGGUCAAAUGUUGGUCAACAUCGUACCACUUAUGUCAAGACCGAAAACGAUAACGAUGGAAGCUGCCAUAGUACACUAUACUCUGAACAAUACGGUCAAGAUGAUCUUCUAGCCGCAGUUCUAAAGCACCAGCAGCAUCAACAACAAGAAGGCGUUGGACAGCCGGAAAACGAGUUCGUAUUCGACGGGUACGCGUUGGAUGAUUUACCAGUUUAAACAAGACAUGUACUCUGUGCAUCGAUUGUUGUACAUAGCUCGACUUCCGUCAAAAUCCAAGAUUUGUUGAAAUUCCGGUAGCGUUUUAUAUUCAUGCUGUGAAUAUGGUUAUUGCCGGAGACGCUUACGAUGAUGUUACUGCUAAAAAACGCACGGUAUGCGAAGCAUUACGUGUUGAAAAUUUUUGACUGCUUUAGGUAGCUUUACGAAACCGAAAAUGUAGCAAGGAACAAGCAGGUUUGAUUUGUAGGAUUGUGAAUUUGUUUUUUUCUGCAAAGAUUUGAGUAUUGAGGAUAUACUGUAAUUUCUGUUAAAGUGUUAAUUUAAUAAUGCUUAGGUUUG